UCCUGUUUGUUUCAGAGGACAGUGAACUGCACUGGUUUGCUGCUUUAGUUUUUAUGAAACAACACAGUCGGUUUGUAACUCAGUGAACAUGGUCUGUCUUCUGUGUUUUGUGUUGCUGAUAUGUGGCGCGGCUCCGCUUGCGGCGGCGCCCGCCGGAAGCAGCUACCUGGCCGGUACAGGCAGGUUCUGGCACAUCACGGACCUCCACCUGGACCCCACCUACCACCUGGCCCAAGAUCCCACCAAGGUUUGCUUCUCCUCCAAAGGAGUCCCCGCCACCCACGCCGGCCUGUAUGGGGACUUCCUGUGCGACUCUCCGUACCGCCUCAUCCAGUCGGCGUUCGCUCACAUGGCUCCACUCACACAGCCGCAGGACUUCAUCAUAUGGACCGGUGACAGUCCACCUCACGUCCCUGCAGAAGAGCUCUCUACAGACAUAGUGAUCCAGGUGAUCAGUAACAUGACGCAGACCAUCAGACAGCACUUCCCCAACCUGACGGUCUAUCCUGCCCUGGGAAACCAUGACUACUGGCCUCAGGACCAGAUGCCCACCUCCACUAAUGCCAUCUACAAAGCUGCUGCCCAGCUGUGGAAACCCUGGCUGCAGCCCGAAGCUCUGCUCACGCUCUCACAAGGCGGUUUCUACUCCCAGCUGGUAAAGCCUGGUUUGCGGGUGGUGAGUCUCAACACUAUCCUCUACUACGGUCCUGAUGAAGUCACCAGUAACAUGACAGACCCUGCUGGACAGUUCGAGUGGCUGGAGAAAACCCUGCAGAAAGCAGCUCAGAGCCUGGAGAAGGUGUACAUCAUCGCUCAUGUGCCGGUGGGGUACCUGCCCUUUGUCAGAAACAUCACUGCUGUGAGAGAGAGCCACAACGAGCGGCUGGUCGCCAUCUGCCGGGAGUACAGUCACGUCAUUGCCGGACAUUUCUAUGGCCACACCCACCGUGACAGCAUCAUGGUGCUGUUGGACAAACAAGGUAAACCAGUGAACUCCCUCUUCGUGGCGCCGGCUGUUACACCAAUCAAACACGUUUUGGAGCCGUACUCUAACAACCCAGCUUUCCGCAUGUACGUGUACAACGCCGAGGACUUUGCUCUGUUGGAUAUCUGGCAGUACUAUUUGAAUCUGACGGAAGCCAACGAGAAACAAAGAUCUGACUGGAGGCUUGAAUAUAUCAUGACCGAGGCUUUCGGACUGACUGACCUGCAGCCACAGAGCCUGCUCCAGCUGGGCCUGAGCUUCAGGCUGCCGCAGACCAAAGCCUUCGACAAGUAUUUCAGUCACUACAUGGUGAGCUACAACAGCAGCAUCGUCUGUGACGGCGAGUGUAAGGUCAGACAGGUGUGCGCUGUGCUCUACCUGGACCAGCUGUCCUACUCCAAGUGCGUCGCGAAGGGAGAAUGGUAGCAUCAUGUUUUUUUUUACUUUGCUGGAAUCAUGAAAAGGUGAAAAUCAUGCACUCGUUCUGCUGCUGCCUCAUAUUAAUCCAAAUAUUCUUUAUCUAAGGUAUAACUUUCUGACAUCACAAGUACAAAUUGCUCAUUUCUACAGUAAAUCAGUGGUUUAUUAAGGAGAAAAUAAGCAACACAAUAUAUUAAUCAUAUUGAGCUGCAGCCCUCACGGGGGAAAAAGUCCUCCUUAAAUCUGCCUCUCAGGUUUGUUGCAUUAACAUGGAUCCAAAAUGAAGGAACUUUGUCUCAGGACUCACAUUUAGUUUUUGAUUUUUGAAAGGAUUUAUGUUGAAAUUCUAUAUUUUUUACUGAAUGAGCCAUGAAAAAGGGGCAUCAGAUGCUUCUGCUGCUCCCUAAUGUUCAAGCUAUUUUACUUUUCUUUGUUCAGUUAGCAGUAAAUACACGCUGCUGCAGUGCACACGGACAUCAGGAUGAUGCUGAGUUGCAGUUUCUCAAUCUCUGUUGUGUUAAAGCGUAAAAAGAAAUCUUCUCUAAGUCGCCUGCUUCUCAGUUUUGAGGCCGGUGUCGACUUUAUGAGGGAAAUCGUUCAGGUGUGGUCGCUUUUAGGUGGCACCUAAUAAUAAAGAGUCAUUUGAAGUCUGCUCCACAGAAUUAUUGAAGCUCCUCGGCCCUCGUAUCCCUUCAUGCACUAAUGGAUUACACCUAAUCUCUGGAACGAUCUAAUUGCUGCCUGAUGUCGCCCAUCACUUGGCCUGAUGGAGCCGAUUGAUCGCGGGUGCUGAGCAACAUUUAACUCGCAGGAAAGAGGCGGUUUGAGGGAAAUGAAAUGUGUGAGCGGGGUUUAGUUACGAGAAGGAUUCAGAUCAGAUCCAGUACAGAACUGUAGAGGACUGCUGACCUCCACCAACACCUCCCUAACCUACAGGAGGAGGAUGAGUGAGAAAUGAAUAAACUAGGUGGAAAUUAAAACAGUUUUUGAUGCUCUGCCCUCUGCCAGCUACAACCCAGUGGCCAAGUGUGAUUUUAUAUGAUGGACAGGAUUAACCAGCUGUAGCUCACAGUUAAUCACAUCAUUGAAACGUGUGUACGCUGAAGUGCAGCAGAAAUGCAUUUGACUUGUGGAAAGUGUGUAAGAUUGUGGUGAUUUUCUGUUACAAAUGAGUGUAUUUGUUUUAAUUUUGCACUUUAUUUUUCUACCAAAUAAAGAUCUUUAUUCAGAGAGUGUGUUUGAAGCGA